AUGGCUCGUAAACGAACAAAGAAGAGAACCCACGUGGGGGCGAACAACCCCGAGGUCGACGCCCCCGGCCAUGCCUCGGCACGCGACCCCAAGUCCAUGGUGAUUCGAAUUGGCGCUGGCGAGGUCGGUUCCAGCGUUAGCCAGCUUGCGGCCGACGUGCGAAAAGUCAUGGAGCCUGGUACUGCUAGUCGAUUGAGGGAGCGGAGAGGAAACCGAUUGAAGGAUUAUGCCGUCAUGUGUGGUCCAUUGGGAGUUACUCACCUGCUCCUGUUUUCGCGGUCAGAGAGCGGCAACACCAACCUUCGAGUUGCCUUGACGCCUCGAGGUCCUACCAUGAACUUUCGCGUGGAAAAGUACUCGCUGUGCAAGGAUGUGCAGCGAGCGCAGAAGCACCCCAAGGGUGGCGGCAAGGAGUUUAUCACUCCUCCUCUGUUAGUCAUGAACAACUUUAGCCGUCCCGACUCGGAUGCCAAGUCAAAAGUUCCUAAGCACCUCGAAUCCCUCGCUACGACCGUAUUCCAGUCCCUCUUCCCUCCCAUCAACCCCCAAGCUACACCUCUCAAGUCGAUCCGACGAGUAUUGCUCCUGAACCGCGAACAAUCAGAGGAGGACGAUGGCAGUUUUAUCCUCAACUUCCGACACUAUGCUAUUACAACAAAGUCGACAACGGUCUCGAAGCCCCUGCGAAGACUUAACGCCGCCGAGCAGUUUGUGUCUUCAAAGACCAGCCGAAAAGGCAAGAUGCCCAAUCUUGGAAAGCUAGAGGAUGUCGCCGACUUUUUGAUCGGAGGCGAGAAUGGAGAGGGUUACAUGACGGAUGCGACGAGCGGUAGCGAAAUGGAUACAGACGCCGAGGUCGAGAUCUUGGACUCUACAACCCGAAAGGUCUUGUCUGCCAAGGCCAGGCAACAAGCCGCUCAGGCUGAGGCUGAGGCCGGCGUCGAGGAGGAGAAUGUGGAGCGCCGUGCUGUGAAGCUGGUUGAGCUGGGUCCUCGCAUGCGCCUACGCCUUACCAAGGUGGAAGAGGGUCUAUGCUCAGGCAAGGUCAUGUGGCACGAGUAUGUACACAAGUCCAAGGAGGAGAUCAAGGAGCUAGAGAAGCGAUGGGAGAAGAGACGGCAAGAGAAGGAGGCGCGAAAGAAGGAGCAAAAGGCCAACGUGGAGCGCAAAAAGGCUGCCAAGGCCAAGAACGGUAACAAGGAUGAUGAAGAUGACGAGGAUGAGUUCGAGUACGAUAGCGACAUGGAUGUCGACGAGUUUGACAGUGAAGGCUUGGCUGGGGAUGCCGAGUACAAGGUCAAUGAGAAGAUGGAGGAGGACGGUGAAUGGGAGGAUGAGGAGGAGGAGAUUGCCAACAGCUGA